CAGUUAGUCGAAGAAGUUACAAUGAAGCGCUUUUGGAAAAAACUUUUUUCUUGCAUAAUGCCAUCAAGUUCAAGUCCAGCCACCUGUUUGACAGCAGAUAAAACUGCUGUUGCAGAUGAGCAGAAGAAAUCAGAGGUCUUUGAGGUGAAAAAAAGUGAUGUAGUGUGUGGUGACACAGGUCGCUACCUAGUAAAGAACUUCAUUGCUAUUGGGAGCUUUGGCAAAGUUGCCAAGUGUGUGAAUCUAAACACAUCACAGGAAGUAGCCCUCAAGAUCCUAAAAGCUGAGGACAGUGCAGCCACCACAAGAGAGAUGAAAAUGCUGGAAGCAGUGAGCAUUCUUGAUUCAGAGAAGAAGAAUGUGGCCCAGUUCUUUGAAAAGUUUGAACACAAUGGUCAAACCUGUCUAGCUUUUGAACUGCUGGACAGGAGUCUUCACGAUCUGCUCAAUGACAGAGACUGCAUGCCACUGUCUCUCACUGAGAUACGGCCAAUAGCACAGCAGUUGCUGACGGCCUUUGUUGCUCUAAAGCGCAUUGGUGUGGUUCACUCAGACCUGAAGCCAGACAACAUAAUGCUGGUAAACCACCCAGCUGAGCCCUUCAGAGUGAAAUUGAUAGAUUUCGGUGUGUCCUUCUACACCUCGGAGAAGCUACGUGGGUGUUCAAUCCAGCCUCUGGGCUACAGGGCGCCUGAAGUCACCCUUGGUCUCCCUGUCUGCGAGGCCAUCGACAUGUGGGGUCUAGGCUGUGUGCUUGUUUUGUUGUACAUCGGCAACCACGCCUUUUCGAUCAAGUGCGAGUACCAGGGUAUGAAAGCCAUUGUUGAGAUCCUGGGCCAGCCCGCUGACCACCUCCUCAGUGCUGGUUACUACACCAAAAAGUACUUCAAGGCAAGUCAGCACUUGGAAAACCCAAAAUGGUCGCUGAAGACUCCAGAGGAGUACCAGCUCGACACUGGCAUGAAGCCUAAAGGAUGGGAGCAGUCUUUUGAUAGCCUGGAUGGCCUGAUCACAUUUGACACAGACAUGCAGGAAAUCAUUGAGCUGGAGGACCAAAUAGGGUUUGUGAGCCUCCUGAAAUGCCUCCUCCAUACGGACGCUAAGGAGAGGAUCACGCCUGAGAAAGCUCUCAAACACCUGUUUAUCACAAUGUCCCAUCUGGAGCAUGGCAUGAACUCCAGCUUGUAUGUGGAAGAUUCCUUUGAUGCAAUGCACGUCUGUCUGCUGGAUGACUCAGAAGAGGAACUUCCUUCUGAUGACCAAGCUGAUGAAAGACCUGAAGAUGAUGGACCUUCAGACAGAACUCAAACACAUUGUGAAGUCACCCCUUGCUCCGAUGACGGCGUUACGAACAUGCCUUGCUCAAAUGAUGGAGCAGCAGUUGUAGAAGUUACUGGGGCAGCUGAGGAGGAACCAACCAUUAACAACAGUGCAGCCAGGCCAGUAGAGCAGGAACUAGCUGUGAGCCACAGUGCAGCCAGUCCAGCUGAUGAGGAACCACCUGUGAGCCCCGGUGGAGCCAUUCCAGCUGAUGAGGAACCACCUGUGAGCCAAGGUGAAGCCAUUCCAGCUGAUGAGGAACCACCUGUGAGCCCCGGUGAAGCCAGUCUAGCUGAGGAGACGAUCUCCACUGACAGGUCCCCUGACGAAGCUCCACCUGCGAAAGCGAAACAGAGUCGGCUGAAGAGGAUCCGAAAAUUCUUUGGCAGGGCAAUAAGGACUCUUUUUUAG